UCAAAAAUAACACCAAACCUGUUACAACUCCUGCUGCCUCUUGUGAAACUUGCAGGAGUAAAGCUGAAGAAAUACCAUGGGUGAGACAGCUGGAGAUCCUUUGAAGGCCGUCAAUGUUGAUUUUCUCAGGGAUGACAACACCCGCCUUCAUCAUACCAGUGACUAUUCCCACUGUAGCCUAAUUGUGAGACGUGGGCAGGAAUUUCAGCUAAAAGUGACACUUAACAGGGAGCUACAGGACAAUGACAAAGUCAGUCUGCAGCUGAGCGUUGGCGAAGCACCAAUGCCAUCAAAUGGGACCUUCAUAACCCUGAAUGCAAGGGCACAACAGGAUGCUCAACCAUGGCAUGCCAACAUCUCUCAAACAAAUGGGAAGGAGUGCGUAAUAGCUAUAACCAGCCCAGCUGAUGCAAUCAUUGGAAAAUAUCUUCUGAAGGUGGACACAGGAUCUGAUAUUUAUAGUCCUCCUAAGAAUUUUAUCUAUGUUUUGUUCAAUGCUUGGUGUCAAGCGGAUUCUGUUUUCAUGCCGGACGAUGGUGGAAGAGCCGAGUACAUUCUUAGUGAUACUGGCUAUAUUUAUGUUGGAUCGGCAGAAAAUAUUUAUGGAAGACCAUGGAAUUUUGGGCAGUUUGAGGAAGACGUUUUGGAUUGCUGCAUGUACCUUCUGGACAAGAGCCAGCUCAAGCCAAGUGCUAAAAAAGAUCCAGUGAUCAUCUCCAGGGCUAUGUCAGCUUUGGUUAAUUCUGAGGAUGAUCAUGGAGUUCUGUUUGCAAGCUGGUCAGGACACUAUUCUGGUGGUACAGCACCUUUGGCCUGGACAGGAAGUGUCACAAUUUUGCAGCAAUAUUACAAAACACAAAAAAGUGUCCUGUAUGGUCAAUGUUGGGUUUUCUCUGGAGUGCUUACCACAGUUAUGCGCUGCCUGGGGAUUCCGUGCAGAAGCGUGUCAAAUUUUGCUUCAGCUCACGAUACAGAGGAAAACCUUAAUGUGGACAUUUACUUGGAUGAGAAAGGAAGAAAAAUAGAAUCAUUAACGACGGACUCAGUUUGGAACUUCCACAUAUGGAAUGACGUCUGGAUGAAAAGGCUGGACUUGCCCAGUGGCUUUGAUGGCUGGCAGGCAAUUGAUGCCACACCUCAGGAACCGAGCCAAGGAAUUUACCAGUGUGGCCCAACCCCAGUCAAGGCCAUCAGACAUGGAGAAAUCUACCUUCCCUAUGACUCUAAGUUUGUGUUUGCUGAAGUGAAUGCAGACAAGAUGUUUUGGCUUGUAAAGAAUGCAGGAGGUACAAAAGAAUAUGUCAAACUGUGGGAAGAAACUAAGGCAAUAGGAAAGAACAUCAGCACUAAAGCUGUUGGGAAGAACAUCCGUGAAGACAUCACUGCCCAAUACAAAUUUCUGGAAGGUACUCCUGAGGAAAGGAAAGCUGUGGAAAUUGCUUCUUCUUACCUGCAGUCUUCAAAAUCUAAAAGCUAUAACCGUAUAUUACCUCCUAAGCUCCUGAAAGCUAACCUGAAAUUUGAGGUGGAGAGAAAAGAAACCUUGUGGCCAGGACAGCCAGUUGACCUGAAUGUCAUUGUAGAGAAUAAAUCUGUGGGCAAUUGGACUGGCAGCCUUGUUGCCUCUUGUCAACUUGAAUCAUACACUGGGAAAGUGCAUGCAAACCUUUCAACCAUCAAGGAGAUUGUCCAGACUGAAGGCAAACCAGUUAUUCAAAUACCUUGGAAAAUAACAGCUGAUACUUACAUAAAAACAAUGAUGUCUAUUGAGGAUGAACUUGUGAUCAAAGUCACUAUUAUUGCUGAAAUUCAAGAAACUAAGGAAAAAUUCACAAAAGAGUUUAUUUUAAGUUUUGAGUACCCACCUCUCAAAAUUGAGAUGGCGGAAACCGCAAAGAUUAAUCAAGAUUUUAUCUGUGCAUUUAUCUUCAAGAAUACUUUAUCCAUUCCACUGGAAAACUGCAAGCUGUAUGUAGAAGGCCUAGGCAUCUUUAUGAUGGAAGUAUUUGAUCAUGGGGACAUAGCACCUGGUAAAAUCUUUAAAUCCAAAAUAGUGUGUACUCCAAGGAAAACUGGACUGAAGAAGAUAGUGGCCAAACUGAAUUCUACCCAGCUGAAAGAAAUAACUGUGGAAAAGAUCAUUUCCAUCAUCGAAUAGGGCAUUCUCAAAUACCAUCAGGUGGUGUCACUAGAGAUACAUGUUAUGACUCAAGUCUCUAUAGAUUCUACUUGCAGCCUUGAUUGUGGUCCAAAAGAUUAUAUACAGAUAUAAAUAUUAAGCUAAAAGAAUUUAAGUAGCUUCAGGAGAUCGCUAUUUUGAUUUUAUCUAGAGGAGAUUUAAUAGAAGUUAUUCAAAUAUGCUUUUAUGUUUGCAGAGAUCGGACAGUUUAUCUAUAUACUACUAAAACUCUCAUUGUGUUUAUCUGUUUGUACCCUCAAGUUAGCCCAAACAGUGCAUUAUA